AUCCAAACAGUUGGUAAUCUGGGCUGUUUCAGUCGUAGUUUUUUCCAAUCGAAAUAAGCCAUUUGUCUGGAAAAGAAAUUGAAACAAAUCGCACUCCAAGUGAUAGUGAAUAGGCUAAACGAUAGCAGCAGCAGGAUGUCGAUGAGACCGGAUGAUCAUCGUAGGAAGUGGGACCGGAAGGAGUAUGAACGGUUGGCGCACGAGCGAAUCCUGGCGAAGGAUAAAGGCCCCGAAGAUGAAGAACCCGUUACCAAGGAGCUGCUCAAGCAGCGCGAGUACAAAGUGGACCUGGACAGCAAGCUGGGCAAGAGCAUGGUCAUCAACAAGAGUACCCCCUCGUCGCAGUCCGGCGGCUACUACUGCAAUGUUUGCGACUGUGUCGUUAAGGACUCGAUCAAUUUCCUGGACCACAUCAACGGGAAGAAGCAUCAGCGAAAUCUGGGCAUGUCGAUGAAGGUCGAACGUAGCUCCCUGGACCAGGUGAAGGAACGGUUCAAAAUUAACAAGAAAAAAACCGAGGAGAAGAAAAAAGACUAUGAGUUGGAGUCGCGCGUCCGGGAAGCCAAGGAGGAAGAAGAUCGCUACCGCGAGUACAAACGCGAGAAGAGGAAAGAACGCAAGCGAAAGGCGGAUGAUGACGAUCUCGACCUGGACGCUGGUGGUUCGGAAAUGGCCGCAAUUAUGGGCUUUGCUGGGUUUGGUGGGUCGAAGAAAAAUUGAAACCAUUCCGUCCAAGCCCAGACCGCCCUGGGCCCUGGGUAUGGGAUGUCGCUCAGGAAGGUUAACACCAUGCACCUUAUCUACUGGCAUCCUGAAAGCCUGCAAGCUAGAAACUGCUCAGGCCCUUCCGGGUGCGGUCGUUACCGGUUUCGAAGCAUGGUUCCAGCUCACCGAUACUAAUAUAUUACCGUACACACUCUUACGACUUAAAACGGUCGAAGUAAACAGACGUGCUUCAUUGAAAGAGCAAACAUACUGAUAUAUUAAACCUCUCAAGUUCAAUCAGCCAUUGUCCAGACCUUCCGUAUUCGCGGAUAAACGUAAAAUACAAACCUCGAUCCUUCUGUAUUUGCCGAACUGCAGUUGAUGGAAUGUACAUUGGAAUAAAUUAUAUUUAAACCAACCCCC